AUGGAAAGGAGCCAGAUUAUAACGCUUUCGAUUGCCAUUUUAAUGGUAACCACAGGUUCCCUAAACACGAUUGCAGCAAAGUAAGCCUUUAAUUCAUUAUAUUUAUUUUACUCUUUAGAUGGGCCGAUAGCAUCAAAGUAGACGGUCAAAAGUUUGAUCAUCCUUUCUUCCAAGCGACUUGUAUGUUUGUGGGCGAAUUCAGCUGUCUUGUGGUGUUCUUCAUUUUGUACUACCUUCAAAAGAGACGCUAUAACAAUAGGAAUCAAGUUGGGUCUGAUGGAGCUUACGAAUUGGACGACAUUGAUGUUGAGGAACCAAAGCUGCCCAACAUCAAUCCUUUCAUCUUCUUGCCUCCGGCCUGCUGUGAUGUGUUGGCUACUUCGUUGAUGUACAUUGGUUUGAAUUUGACUACUGCUUCGUCGUUUCAAAUGCUUAGAGGUAAGGGCUUCGUUUGAGUUUUGUCUUUUAGGUUUGAAGGAAGUUGAUCACAUGGAUAAUAUAAUUUUAGUCUUUAAACUAUGCUUUUAUUGAGUUUUUUUUGUGUUAAAAGGUGGAUAAGUUGAUAAAGAAGAGUUUCCUAAUUUGAUAAUUCUAAAAAUUUUUGGUUUUCUUUACUAAAAGUUUAAAAAACAUGUUACUUAGAGGCUGGUGGCAUGGAUAAUAUAAUUUUGUCUCAUAAAUCUACUCUUUUUUUCUCAAAUAGAUUUUUUAGUACGAAGAGACAUUUAUUAAUUUCUUCUCACUAAAUUUUAAUAAUUUAAUAGAAAUUUAGCUUUAAAACAUUUAAUUUACCUUGUUUUAGGAGCAGUGAUCAUCUUCACAGGCCUUUUAUCCGUAGCCUUCUUGAGAGCGUAUCUACAGCAAUUCAAAUGGUUGGGAAUGGUUUUUGUGACUGUUGGCUUGGUUAUUGUUGGAAUGUGUGAUAUUUACGAUAGUGAUGCUUCUGAAGACACCAAUGCUGUCAUCACCGGUAUGUUAACACAGAUUUUGGUCAGAAUUUAAUUAUUUUUUGUUAGUUUUUGACGUUUUAUUAGGGAUAUAAAGUUAGAUUAAUAAAUUGUUUAGGUUUGUAGGGGUAUUUUGGGUAUUAUUUUGCCGAUUUUGAUUUUUAUUUAUGUUUUUAGGCAUGGAUAAUAUAUUUUUCACCUAAAUUUCGUUAUUUUUUUAGGAGACCUGCUGAUUAUCAUGGCCCAGAUCAUUGUGGCAAUUCAAAUGGUGACAGAACAAGUAUUCCUAGAACAAUACGAUGUCCCACCUCUUCUGGCUGUCGGUUUGGAAGGUCUUUUUGGCAUGACCAUUCUGUCCCUUCUGAUGAUCCCAAUGUACUUUAUUCACGUGCCCCACACCUUCUCUCACAAUCCGUUCUGUCGUUUGGAAGAUGUGAUCAAUGCUAUUCAUGACAUUCGUGAACAACCCAUGAUUGCAUUGGCUUUGUUCUGCACCAUUGUCAGUAUCGCCUUCUUCAACUUUGCUGGUGUCAGUGUGACGAAACGACUGUCAGCCACGACGAGAAUGGUGUUGGACAGUGUGAGAACGUUGGUGAUUUGGAUUUUGUCAAUUCCGUUGUUUGGAGAGAAGUUUAUUCCAGCACAGGUGAGGAGGGGGUGGAUUUUUUAAUUUUUUAAAAAAUUUGAAAAAUUUCAAAAAAAAUUUUUAAAAAUGUAAAAAAAUGAAAAAUUAAAACAUUUUUUCAAUUAAAAAAUAUUUAAAUUUUCAAAAAAGACUAAAAUUAUUAAAAAAUGUAAAAUUAUAUUACCCAUCCCAUUUUUCAGCUGUUUGGCUUCGGAUUCCUGAUCUUGGGCAUGUUCAUCUACAACGAUCUCCUCUUUGGCCCCUACAUUCGUCAGAACCUGCUACCCCGCCUCAGCGGAGGCCCAGGCCUCUUCUGCUCCAGGUUCUGGGGCAUCGAAGUGGAGCCAAUGGACGAGACCUCGCUGAUCGACCCUGAUCUCGAACAAAAUCGAGAAGAAUCCGAAUGA